GCCAUGCGUGCUUGCUUUGCUGUUUCCUACUUCCCAAGUCCAGCCCAUCAUCGCCGCUCCAGUAUUCCCGUGUAUCCCGUAUGUCCCGUAUAUCCUAGACACUUACACAGCGUCCAUCUUGGCGUGUCGCAUGUCCCUGUCUGGUUGGCCGCGGGGUCAUGUCAUGAAUUAUUCUUGCUUACGCCGGAGGAUUACUGUGCUGUCCGUAUUUAAAUACCUCUGGAUACGCGACUCCAGCCUCGCCUCCCCUCACCUCAGCUCAACCCCUCCACGUUUCUAUUGUCCCCAGCUUCAGGAAUGUCGUAAUUCUACCCACAUAUCUGCCGAGGCAUAGUCGACAAUCCUUCCUCUCCGUUCCUCCCUUCUUGCUUCAAGAUUCAAGAAAUAUCUAAAAAACCAUGGCCGAGCGAUCAACGAGCAGCUCUCCGUCGAUCAUCUCCUCCCCCUCGACCCCCGGGGUUGAGUCGUUUGACGAAAAUGAGAAGCUCACUGCGGCUGAGGGAGGGGUUGUGACCAAGAGCCCCGAAGAAUUCGAGCUCGACGACGAUGUGGAGAGGACGGGAAUGCUACCCCCGCCAGACUUCGAGAAGCCCCGGCCCGCUCCAAACAACGGUACGAGCACUGCGCUCAUCUGGAUGGCAGUCAACACAUUGGCAACUAUUGGCAUCGUCUUUACGAAUAAAGCAAUCUUCUCAGAUCCCUCGCUGAAACUCGCACAACUCACAUUCGCAGCCUUCCAUUUCUUCGUGACAUGGCUUACUUUGUACACACUCUCUCGACCUCGAUUUGCCAUGUUCACGCCCAGAAGGGUGGCAUUCAAGGACAUAUUUCCGUUGGCAAUUGCCAUGUCUCUGAACGUCAUCCUUCCCAAUCUCUCGCUCGCAUACUCGACCGUCACGUUUUACCAAGUCGCCAGGAUCCUACUCACCCCCACAGUUGCUCUUAUGAAUUAUGUGCUUUACAAAUCCACGCUCCCUAGAAAUGCCAUCAUUGCCUUGGUGCCAGCUUGUCUCGGGGUGGGAAUGGUCUCUUACUACGAUUCGCUCCCAUCUGCAGACGCAUCGAUCAAGACGACGAGCUCCCUGGGAGUCAUCUUUGCCUUCUCCGGCAUCUUCGCAAGCUCUUUGUACACGGUGUGGAUUUCCAGCUACCACAAGAAGCUGCAGAUGAACAGUAUGCAACUGCUUUUCAACCAGGCACCGCUCGCUGCAUUCAUGCUUCUAUAUGUCAUCCCUUUCGUUGACACCUUCCCUGUAUGGACGGAAGUUCCAGUCAGCAGAUGGGUUAUGAUAUUGAUGUCCGGUUUCUUCGCCUGCGUAAUCAACAUGUCCCAAUUCUUCAUCAUUGCACAAACGGGCCCCGUAUCCAGCACCGUCGUAGGCCAUGUAAAAACAUGCUCCAUCGUGGCUCUAGGAUGGAUCACCUCAGGGCGCGCCGUGAGAGAUAAAUCAGUCAUCGGUGUCUUUAUCGCUGUCGGUGGAAUAAUUGCCUACUCUCUAGUAAUGCUCAAACAUAGAAUCCAACAACAAAAAUCCUAACUCGCCACCAAAAAAAUAAAAAAUAAAAAUAAAAUCCCUUUUCACGACGACAGCUAGCUCUCACCUUGUAAUAAUAGCUCAUCAACUCACGAGCGAGCGAAAUCCUACUUACUUAAUCUUUGUUGUUUGUAAACUUUCUUAUUCUUGUAAGGGCAUGGGAAUGGAAUCGGCGUUCUGUGGUGUUGGGUGGUGGCUGUGUCUUUGUUUGAUAUUUAUCUUUUUGGCAAAGAGGAAUGGAAUGGAAUACAAGGCAGGAAAAAAGAGAAAGGCAGAGAGGGAAAGAAAGAAAGCACAGGACAGUACAGGACAG